CUAAUUUGACUGACCCGUAUAAAGCUUUUCACACGGUAACCGAUUAAAAUAUUUUUGAAGGGAAGCUGCUAUCAUAUUUGGAAGAAAAAAAAAUCUGGGUUAACAUAAACGGUGUUUCAUAGACAAAGGAAAUAUGACUCGCUUGAAAGAAAUACCUAUUGCUCAAAUGUUAUGCAAUCACCAAGUGUUAGAAAAAUGGUGUCUCAAGAAAGUUUUUAUAAGUUUAAACAUCAAAAUCAAGAGAAAUUUAACUCAAAUAUUUUUAUGAGAAAUUCAAUUGAACAUCAUGGUAAUAACAAUUUUGACAUUCAGCACAAAACCAAGUUGGCAGAUGAUACUGAAAGGAACAAGUCUGAGAGAAAUGAGGAAGAGAGUUUACUUUGUUUGUCAAAAUAUAAUCAAAGUAAAUAUGAAUCUCAUCAAAGCAAACAUUACUUGAUUAAUGAAUACAUUGAGUCACAAAAAAUAUAUGUUGAAAAUAUCCGUUGGGAUCCUCAAAUGUAUACAUCAGUUCAAAUGAAUGAACACAGUGAUGACAGUGGUGUUGAUAAUGAUAAGUCCCCAUUAAUUGAACAACUCCCUCAACAAAACCAAAAACAAAAUAUUUCUGUUGCGGACAGUUUCAAAGCUGUUACGCCACAUGAUGAUGCUUACAUAUGUAGCGAUACUGUGCACUCCUAUCACGGGAAGCAAACAAAUUAUUACAAAGAUGAACCGAAAUCUUUCCUUUUGCUUAAUAAUCAGCCAAAAGGUAUGGUAAAUUGUACUAGAGAAACAAGAAAUUUUGAAAAAAGUGGAAUGGAUGAACAUACAGUUAUUCAUAAAUUGUUGAGAAAUGGGCGUUGCGUGUGGCCUUCAUGCGAUCAAGCAUUUAAUUCAAGGACUGACUUUAUUAGACAUUUAGACAGCUAUCAUGUUCUUGAUGAGAAAGGUGCAGCUCAAGCUCGAGUGCAAGGAUACGUUGUUCGAGAGUUAGAAGAAAAGUUGUCAUAUGAAAAAAGCAAAUUGACUGCCAUGCUUACCCAUCUGCAGUUCACAAAUGAAAAGGGGUCAAUACUACUUCAAAAGACUGCUCAUAAUUUAUCUCCGCCUCCUGGGAGACACUCAGUUCAGGUUACUUCACAUCCUUCAACAUCAAAUGGAAGUGGGCAAUGUGUAAUGGUACCCUAUCCGCCACCUGGAUCUCGUAGUCAUAUUGGUUCUUUUGAUCAUUCAACAGAUAAUGAACAUUUAACUUCUCCAUUACACCCUUACACAAGAGAUGGUUUUAGCUCACCUCCGCCGUCUACUUCUCCAAGGCGUUUUCCUUCUCACAACAUUGGUCAUAAUAACUUUAUUCCUCAUCAUAAGUCACAAGGACCUUAUCAUCCACCGCCUCAACGAUACUAUCCUGCUUUACAUCAGACAUACCCUAUUCCACCUAAAAGGGAAUCUCCAAAUGAAAUUGAUAGGCGGAGUCCAAAAAAAGAACAUAUUACAUCUCCAGGAUUAAUAGGAAUGAAUCAUGAGCGGCAUUCAUCGGAAAUACAUCGAUCUAUGCUUGUUGAAGGACAUACAACUGGUUCAUCGCAUAUGCAACAACACUUAAAAAUGAACUCAGUACAUGAUAGUUCUUAUCACCCUGUCAGGAGGAGAGGCGAGGCAGCUGCAAUGGUUGAUAUUGGGCAAGAACUGCGAGCUAAAGGUAAGCUGUUUGAAGAUCCUGAUGUUCGACCUCCUUAUACAUAUGCUUCUCUAAUAAGGCAAGGUGUGAUGGAUUCACCAAAUGGAGAGCUAACGUUAAAUGAAAUAUACAACUGGUUUAUGAAAAACUUUGCUUACUUUCGAAAAAAUACAAGUACAUGGAAGAAUGCAGUACGGCAUAAUCUUUCUUUGCAUAAGUGUUUCGUUCGUAAAGAAAAUUUUAAAGGAGCCGUUUGGACUGUAGAUGAUGUUGAAUUCUUUAGGAGAAGGAUGACAAAACCAGGACUACCAAAGCGUGAUUACUACAUGCCUGGCCAACAAGAAGAGACUGAUUCACCUCCAGAGCCUGAAGAUGAUUAUGUUGCUGAUGAUCUUCCUUCAAUGGCCAUGGAAAGCAAUCAAAAACAUGGUGAUAGUGGAUAUUCCCCAAAAUCAAACUCUGAAAUUGGCUAUGAAGACACAGAAACUGUUAACAUAAAAGAAGAAUAUAACGAUGAUUAUCAACACCGAUCGUACGAAAGAAACUCCGACGACUGUUUACCUGACGAAAUUACUAUGGUAACUGCAGCGCCUUCUUAGCUGUUUUCCUUCCGUAUAUUUUAAUUUUUUUGAUAGAAGUAGGAUAAUUUUUAUUAGAAAAAAUCUAGUAGUGGUUUCUAUUAACUCUGGUAGUUAAAGGGAACGUCAUGAAAUGCGCCUAUGUUUUUAUGUGAAUUUUUUUAGUAAUGCGCGUGUUACUUGUAGUGAUCGUCCUUGUAAAAAAGUAUCGUAUAAAAUGAUGCAUAUUUUAUCACAGAAUGUCUAAUGUAUUUAUUCUUAACCUGCUGUAUAUUUUUAAUAGUUAAAAUAAAUUUCAUAUUUCGUAA